GCAGCUACCAUUAACACCAGCAUGUUGGCAGGAUAGUAAUCCUUUCUUUGUGUCACCAAAGUUUGUAACAUAAGUGGAAAAGCUCUGCAGAGAGAUUUUUCUGCGUUUUCAUUCUUGUUUUCGUCUUUCGGUGUCCUAUCCUAAAAGGCAGAGAUGGCUUCUUCAGACUGGCACCUGUCUCUGAAGCUGGUGGAUCAGCCCAAAUCCAUCUUCCACUUCCCAGAGAUGAUGCCAGGCGAUGUGCCACCUGGAGGAUACAGGGUCGCCACCCUGAAGCAGCUGGUGGCAGCACAGCUCCCAGACUCCAUCCCAGACCCCGAGCUCAUAGAGCUGGUCCACUGUGGGCGGAAACUGAAGGAUGACCUAACGCUGGACGCCUGUGGGAUUCAGCCUGGAUCCACUUUGCACAUCCUCAAAAAAACGUGGCCAGAACCGGAGAUCAGUCCAGAGCCUGUGAACAGAGCAACUGCAGCGAGGGAGUUCAGGGUGUUUCAUGCUGCACUUCACUCUCUCAACUCCGCCUACAGAGACUCAGUGUAUAAAAUGCUGACAAAUAAGGAGUCUCUGGAUCAGAUCAUUGUGGCUACACCAGGGCUCAGGUCAGACCCAGUGGCACUAGGGGUGCUCCAAGACAAAGAUCUCUUUGUGCAGUUCACGGAUCCCAACAUGCUGGAUGUUUUGAUUAGUUCUCACCCAGCGCUGGUCAAUGCCAUCAUCCUGGUUCUGCACUCUGUGGCUGGUAGUAUGCCGGCUCAGUCCAGCACCAGCUCCUCUCGCAAUGUCUCUUCCAGUUCCUACAGCGAUAUGCCAGGAGGGUUCAUGUUUGAGGGCAUGUCUGAUGAUGAGGAGGAGUUCCAGUCUGGGAGCCAAGCAGGCCCCUCCAAUAGAGCAGGGGCCUCGGCAGGAGCACGUCCAGUGUCUCUGAGCCACAGUGGAGCCACAGGUCCUCGGCCAAUAACACAGAGUGAGCUGGCCACUGCCUUGGCUCUCGCCAGCACCCCUGACAGCAGUGCUGUCACUCCUACAACAGCAAGUCAGGCGGACCCCUCCACUGGUGUAGCCCCCAUGCCAGCUGGGACCCCAGUCAGUAACGACCUCUUCAGCCAGGCACUCCAGCAAGCUCUGCAAGCUACCAACAUGUCUGCUCUACAGGGCCGCUGGCAAUCCCAAAUGCAGCAGCUCAGGGACAUGGGGAUCCAGGAUGAGGAGCUGAUGCUGAGGGCGCUGCAGGCCACAGAUGGUGACAUCCAGGCUGCCCUGGAGCUCAUAUUUGCUGGAGGCCCAGGCCUCUGAGCCCACGGUCCAGGGACACAGGCUUUUGCAGAGAAGAGAGCAAGAGAAGCCCUUUGGCUCAGUGGAAGUUUGGUCAUUCUGCUGCCCAGUGCUUACUGUAUAUGUAAAUUAUGGCUUUAGACACAUGAAGACCUGUCAUUAUCGCCUCACAUACCUGUACAUAUACAAUUUUAAAAGCUCUAUCACAGUGACCAUACCAACGUUAUCAGUACUUCAGGAUAUCUACCAAUGUGUUUGAUAGAUGGCAAUGGCUCAUUAUUGUGAACUAAUUUCUUGAGGAAUGUUAAGUUUUUCAGUUUUGAUUUAUUUAAAUAAAAAAAGUAAAAUUUU